AUGUUCUGCUGGUCUCCCUUUCGCACUCGCUUCCUUUUACCUUUCUUCUCUGCACUCACUUCGUAUCUGCCUCCCUCUCCCCCCUCCCUCCCUCCAAGCCUCCAAGGGUAUCCUCUCUGCACCAAUCCUCUCUGCACCAAUCCUCUCUGCACCAAUCCUCUCUGCACCAAUCCUCUCUGCACCAAUCCUCUCUGCACCAAUCCUCUCUGCACCAAUCCUCUCUGCACCAAUCCUCUCUGCACCAAUCCUCUCUGCACCAAUCCUCUCUGCACCAAUCCUCUCUGCACCAAUCCUCUCUGCACCAAUCCUCUCUGCACCAAUCCUCUCUGCACCAAUCCUCUCUGCACCAAUCCUCUCUGCACCAAUCCUCUCUGCACCAAUCCUCUCUGCACCAAUCCUCUCUGCACCAAUCCUCUCUGCACCAAUCCUCUCUGCACCAAUCCUCUCUGCACCAAUCCUCUCUGCACCAAUCCUCUCUGCACCAAUCCUCUCUGCACCAAUCCUCUCUGCACCAAUCCUCUCUGCACCAAUCCUCUCUGCACCAAUCCUCUCUGCACCAAUCCUCUCUGCACCAAUCCUCUCUGCACCAAUCCUCUCUGCACCAAUCCUCUCUGCACCAAUCCUCUCUGCACCAAUCCUCUCUGCACCAAUCCUCUCUGCACCAAUCCUCUCUGCACCAAUCCUCUCUGCACCAAUCCUCUCUGCACCAAUCCUCUCUGCACCAAUCCUCUCUGCACCAAUCCUCUCUGCACCAAUCCUCUCUGCACCAAUCCUCUCUGCACCAAUCCUCUCUGCACCAAUCCUCUCUGCACCAAUCCUCUCUGCACCAAUCCUCUCUGCACCAAUCCUCUCUGCACCAAUCCUCUCUGCACCAAUCCUCUCUGCACCAAUCCUCUCUGCACCAAUCCUCUCUGCACCAAUCCUCUCUGCACCAAUCCUCUCUGCACCAAUCCUCUCUGCACCAAUCCUCUCUGCACCAAUCCUCUCUGCACCAAUCCUCUCUGCACCAAUCCUCUCUGCACCAAUCCUCUCUGCACCAAUCCUCUCUGCACCAAUCCUCUCUGCACCAAUCCUCUCUGCACCAAUCCUCUCUGCACCAAUCCUCUCUGCACCAAUCCUCUCUGCACCAAUCCUCUCUGCACCAAUCCUCUCUGCACCAAUCCUCUCUGCACCAAUCCUCUCUGCACCAAUCCUCUCUGCACCAAUCCUCUCUGCACCAAUCCUCUCUGCACCAAUCCUCUCUGCACCAAUCCUCUCUGCACCAAUCCUCUCUGCACCAAUCCUCUCUGCACCAAUCCUCUCUGCACCAAUCCUCUCUGCACCAAUCCUCUCUGCACCAAUCCUCUCUGCACCAAUCCUCUCUGCACCAAUCCUCUCUGCACCAAUCCUCUCUGCACCAAUCCUCUCUGCACCAAUCCUCUCUGCACCAAUCCUCUCUGCACCAAUCCUCUCUGCACCAAUCCUCUCUGCACCAAUCCUCUCUGCACCAAUCCUCUCUGCACCAAUCCUCUCUGCACCAAUCCUCUCUGCACCAAUCCUCUCUGCACCAAUCCUCUCUGCACCAAUCCUCUCUGCACCAAUCCUCUCUGCACCAAUCCUCUCUGCACCAAUCCUCUCUGCACCAAUCCUCUCUGCACCAAUCCUCUCUGCACCAAUCCUCUCUGCACCAAUCCUCUCUGCACCAAUCCUCUCUGCACCAAUCCUCUCUGCACCAAUCCUCUCUGCACCAAUCCUCUCUGCACCAAUCCUCUCUGCACCAAUCCUCUCUGCACCAAUCCUCUCUGCACCAAUCCUCUCUGCACCAAUCCUCUCUGCACCAAUCCUCUCUGCACCAAUCCUCUCUGCACCAAUCCUCUCUGCACCAAUCCUCUCUGCACCAAUCCUCUCUGCACCAAUCCUCUCUGCACCAAUCCUCUCUGCACCAAUCCUCUCUGCACCAAUCCUCUCUGCACCAAUCCUCUCUGCACCAAUCCUCUCUGCACCAAUCCUCUCUGCACCAAUCCUCUCUGCACCAAUCCUCUCUGCACCAAUCCUCUCUGCACCAAUCCUCUCUGCACCAAUCCUCUCUGCACCAAUCCUCUCUGCACCAAUCCUCUCUGCACCAAUCCUCUCUGCACCAAUCCUCUCUGCACCAAUCCUCUCUGCACCAAUCCUCUCUGCACCAAUCCUCUCUGCACCAAUCCUCUCUGCACCAAUCCUCUCUGCACCAAUCCUCUCUGCACCAAUCCUCUCUGCACCAAUCCUCUCUGCACCAAUCCUCUCUGCACCAAUCCUCUCUGCACCAAUCCUCUCUGCACCAAUCCUCUCUGCACCAAUCCUCUCUGCACCAAUCCUCUCUGCACCAAUCCUCUCUGCACCAAUCCUCUCUGCACCAAUCCUCUCUGCACCAAUCCUCUCUGCACCAAUCCUCUCUGCACCAAUCCUCUCUGCACCAAUCCUCUCUGCACCAAUCCUCUCUGCACCAAUCCUCUCUGCACCAAUCCUCUCUGCACCAAUCCUCUCUGCACCAAUCCUCUCUGCACCAAUCCUCUCUGCACCAAUCCUCUCUGCACCAAUCCUCUCUGCACCAAUCCUCUCUGCACCAAUCCUCUCUGCACCAAUCCUCUCUGCACCAAUCCUCUCUGCACCAAUCCUCUCUGCACCAAUCCUCUCUGCACCAAUCCUCUCUGCACCAAUCCUCUCUGCACCAAUCCUCUCUGCACCAAUCCUCUCUGCACCAAUCCUCUCUGCACCAAUCCUCUCUGCACCAAUCCUCUCUGCACCAAUCCUCUCUGCACCAAUCCUCUCUGCACCAAUCCUCUCUGCACCAAUCCUCUCUGCACCAAUCCUCUCUGCACCAAUCCUCUCUGCACCAAUCCUCUCUGCACCAAUCCUCUCUGCACCAAUCCUCUCUGCACCAAUCCUCUCUGCACCAAUCCUCUCUGCACCAAUCCUCUCUGCACCAAUCCUCUCUGCACCAAUCCUCUCUGCACCAAUCCUCUCUGCACCAAUCCUCUCUGCACCAAUCCUCUCUGCACCAAUCCUCUCUGCACCAAUCCUCUCUGCACCAAUCCUCUCUGCACCAAUCCUCUCUGCACCAAUCCUCUCUGCACCAAUCCUCUCUGCACCAAUCCUCUCUGCACCAAUCCUCUCUGCACCAAUCCUCUCUGCACCAAUCCUCUCUGCACCAAUCCUCUCUGCACCAAUCCUCUCUGCACCAAUCCUCUCUGCACCAAUCCUCUCUGCACCAAUCCUCUCUGCACCAAUCCUCUCUGCACCAAUCCUCUCUGCACCAAUCCUCUCUGCACCAAUCCUCUCUGCACCAAUCCUCUCUGCACCAAUCCUCUCUGCACCAAUCCUCUCUGCACCAAUCCUCUCUGCACCAAUCCUCUCUGCACCAAUCCUCUCUGCACCAAUCCUCUCUGCACCAAUCCUCUCUGCACCAAUCCUCUCUGCACCAAUCCUCUCUGCACCAAUCCUCUCUGCACCAAUCCUCUCUGCACCAAUCCUCUCUGCACCAAUCCUCUCUGCACCAAUCCUCUCUGCACCAAUCCUCUCUGCACCAAUCCUCUCUGCACCAAUCCUCUCUGCACCAAUCCUCUCUGCACCAAUCCUCUCUGCACCAAUCCUCUCUGCACCAAUCCUCUCUGCACCAAUCCUCUCUGCACCAAUCCUCUCUGCACCAAUCCUCUCUGCACCAAUCCUCUCUGCACCAAUCCUCUCUGCACCAAUCCUCUCUGCACCAAUCCUCUCUGCACCAAUCCUCUCUGCACCAAUCCUCUCUGCACCAAUCCUCUCUGCACCAAUCCUCUCUGCACCAAUCCUCUCUGCACCAAUCCUCUCUGCACCAAUCCUCUCUGCACCAAUCCUCUCUGCACCAAUCCUCUCUGCACCAAUCCUCUCUGCACCAAUCCUCUCUGCACCAAUCCUCUCUGCACCAAUCCUCUCUGCACCAAUCCUCUCUGCACCAAUCCUCUCUGCACCAAUCCUCUCUGCACCAAUCCUCUCUGCACCAAUCCUCUCUGCACCAAUCCUCUCUGCACCAAUCCUCUCUGCACCAAUCCUCUCUGCACCAAUCCUCUCUGCACCAAUCCUCUCUGCACCAAUCCUCUCUGCACCAAUCCUCUCUGCACCAAUCCUCUCUGCACCAAUCCUCUCUGCACCAAUCCUCUCUGCACCAAUCCUCUCUGCACCAAUCCUCUCUGCACCAAUCCUCUCUGCACCAAUCCUCUCUGCACCAAUCCUCUCUGCACCAAUCCUCUCUGCACCAAUCCUCUCUGCACCAAUCCUCUCUGCACCAAUCCUCUCUGCACCAAUCCUCUCUGCACCAAUCCUCUCUGCACCAAUCCUCUCUGCACCAAUCCUCUCUGCACCAAUCCUCUCUGCACCAAUCCUCUCUGCACCAAUCCUCUCUGCACCAAUCCUCUCUGCACCAAUCCUCUCUGCACCAAUCCUCUCUGCACCAAUCCUCUCUGCACCAAUCCUCUCUGCACCAAUCCUCUCUGCACCAAUCCUCUCUGCACCAAUCCUCUCUGCACCAAUCCUCUCUGCACCAAUCCUCUCUGCACCAAUCCUCUCUGCACCAAUCCUCUCUGCACCAAUCCUCUCUGCACCAAUCCUCUCUGCACCAAUCCUCUCUGCACCAAUCCUCUCUGCACCAAUCCUCUCUGCACCAAUCCUCUCUGCACCAAUCCUCUCUGCACCAAUCCUCUCUGCACCAAUCCUCUCUGCACCAAUCCUCUCUGCACCAAUCCUCUCUGCACCAAUCCUCUCUGCACCAAUCCUCUCUGCACCAAUCCUCUCUGCACCAAUCCUCUCUGCACCAAUCCUCUCUGCACCAAUCCUCUCUGCACCAAUCCUCUCUGCACCAAUCCUCUCUGCACCAAUCCUCUCUGCACCAAUCCUCUCUGCACCAAUCCUCUCUGCACCAAUCCUCUCUGCACCAAUCCUCUCUGCACCAAUCCUCUCUGCACCAAUCCUCUCUGCACCAAUCCUCUCUGCACCAAUCCUCUCUGCACCAAUCCUCUCUGCACCAAUCCUCUCUGCACCAAUCCUCUCUGCACCAAUCCUCUCUGCACCAAUCCUCUCUGCACCAAUCCUCUCUGCACCAAUCCUCUCUGCACCAAUCCUCUCUGCACCAAUCCUCUCUGCACCAAUCCUCUCUGCACCAAUCCUCUCUGCACCAAUCCUCUCUGCACCAAUCCUCUCUGCACCAAUCCUCUCUGCACCAAUCCUCUCUGCACCAAUCCUCUCUGCACCAAUCCUCUCUGCACCAAUCCUCUCUGCACCAAUCCUCUCUGCACCAAUCCUCUCUGCACCAAUCCUCUCUGCACCAAUCCUCUCUGCACCAAUCCUCUCUGCACCAAUCCUCUCUGCACCAAUCCUCUCUGCACCAAUCCUCUCUGCACCAAUCCUCUCUGCACCAAUCCUCUCUGCACCAAUCCUCUCUGCACCAAUCCUCUCUGCACCAAUCCUCUCUGCACCAAUCCUCUCUGCACCAAUCCUCUCUGCACCAAUCCUCUCUGCACCAAUCCUCUCUGCACCAAUCCUCUCUGCACCAAUCCUCUCUGCACCAAUCCUCUCUGCACCAAUCCUCUCUGCACCAAUCCUCUCUGCACCAAUCCUCUCUGCACCAAUCCUCUCUGCACCAAUCCUCUCUGCACCAAUCCUCUCUGCACCAAUCCUCUCUGCACCAAUCCUCUCUGCACCAAUCCUCUCUGCACCAAUCCUCUCUGCACCAACUCCUUCCAAAGCUAA